AGAGGGCGGACGGAGGGGUGGGGGUGCCGAGUUGAGGGACAGGUGUCAACGGCACGAAUCUUUACACACGAUUAUUCGUCGGGGCCGAAUUUAUCAUCGAAAUCAUAAAUGGUAAGCGGUUAUUAAUAAUUAUUACAUAAAUUGUGAGAGCCGAGGAUGCCGGGGCCGACCUUUCAGCCGUCGAACGGCCAUUUUAUGUUGAAAUUCGUGCGAAUUCGGCCUCGUAUCGACUGGCUCUGUGGUAUGAGGGGGGAAAGGACGCUUUCCCCCGUUCCACCCCUGCGUCUAUCGGCGAAAUACUGACGGCUUAGGCGAAAUACUGCAUUUUUAUCGCGUGUUAUCGUACAAGGCCCACUGAAUAACCAACCCUAGGACCCGAAACAUGGGGAAAGGGAGAUUUUUGUAUUGGAUUGACGAUUUGCAAUGAAUUUCCCGCCGUUCGGAGGCCAUUUUCCUGGUACCAUUCCGAGCAUUCAUCAAUUUGCUACCGAUAGUUCGGGAGGUGCGGGUGCUCGCUACGCCAAUCAUUUUCCCAACCAGCCUCCAAUAGGAGUGCCGGUUAUGGGAAAAUACAGAUCAGAAGCUAACGGAGUUCAAUCUUCACAGUCCCAAGUUAUGAUGAACAACAAGACUAGUUAUCCAAAUAGCAAUGUUCACCAUUAUCCAAACGUUCCGUACUCCCAGGGUCAGCCAGUUCAGCAACGUCCAACAAACUCACCUGGCAUGCAAGAAAAACGUACUUAUCAUCAGACAACAGAAACAAUAAAUCAGCAGGACGUGUGCAAUCUUCUUCAAGACAAAGAUAAGAGCAAGGAUAAGAAGAGUGAGGAUCAUCAGCGCAACGGCGAAGCUACUACGAACGGUUCUCAACAAGAUUAUACGAUGCAUCAACAUCAUCAGCAGCAUGCACACACGCAAACACCAGCAACAAUGCCUGCUACAUGGCAAUCCCUAGCAACGCCUGGGUCAACGGUUGCAGAUUAUUUGAGUCACUUGCCGGCAAGUACUUUACCAUUAAGUUUGCACCAUUUUUUAAAGUAUUCCGCUGAAAGUAUCAAAAAAGAAUCAGAAAUGGCUCAGACCACAUCCGUGGCUGUUGCGACGACGACAACACCAAACAUCAUGAUGUCGCCGAACAAUAAAAAGAAGAAAAAGAAGAAGGCACCCAAGGAGAAAAAGCCACGACCUAAACCAGGUGAAAUUCGUUUAACCACUGCUCUGGAUGGUUCGACGCUUUACUGCUGUCCUGAAUGCCAUAUGGCAUAUCCUGAAAGAGAACUUUUGGAACAACACUUACUUGGACACACGCUAGAGCGAAGAUUCGUUUGCGAUAUAUGUGGGGCCGGUUUGAAGCGCAAAGAUCACCUGACCCGUCAUAAACAGAGUCAUAAUCCAGAGAGACCAUACGUAUGUACAGUGUGCUUAAAAGCUUUCAAAAGAAAGGAGCAGCUCACACUACACUUUGUGAUACAUUCCGGCGAGAAACGACACGUCUGCACCGAGUGUGGAAAAGGAUUCUAUAGAAAGGAUCAUCUUAGGAAGCAUACCAGAAGCCAUAUUGCAAGACGAGUUAAGGCUGAACUCAGUCAGAAUGCUGGUACUCAACAAAACCAACAGCAAAACAACGCAUCUAACAUGCAGACGACAACGGUAACAGCGUCGUCAGUUCUUCCAGGGGGACAUCCAGGUGCACUUUUAUCCUGAGCCCCGCCACCCGGGAACUUCCAGGUUCCCCACCCGAAUAAUAUUAUUCACCCGCACACCCCGCAUCACACAUUACAUCAUCACCACUUGGCAGCUGUUAAUGUAGCGCAUCAGUCAAGCACUACACCAUUAGCAGCUGCCAGCCACUACCAGGCACAUGAGUUGAGCUUUUUGGGGCAUGUCAAAGAUUUCUGAGACAAGGUGACUACCUCUGUCAAGAGGAUGUGUACUGUCAGGUAACUCGAAUAUAGUCGUGGAAUAAUAGGCGCAUAUGAUAGAGUUUAUAUUCGCUGAUCCGUGUGUUUCAUGUGUGUACGGAUUUUUUCCUUACAUAAUAAUACGACUUGUACGACAUUAGAGGUAUUAUUUGAUGGGAUCAGCUGUUAUACUUUGUAAAGUUGUAUUUUUCAUCCUUUGAAGGCUUUGUGGUCGAGCGAUAAACACAGUAGAAUCAAAACAUGAGUUACAUUCGGGGGGGCUCUUUAAGUUUUUUACUUUUGUGAAGUUUCUUUUUCAACUUUUCAUCUGUGGUAGGCAAUGUUGGGUCAAUUUCAUAUGAAUGGCAAAAUAGUGGCAACAAUUUAUUUGGGACGAUCACGAAUAUGCAUUCGUGUUUAUUACAACUUAUCAGUUCAAACUGAUGAAGAGUUAUUGUAAAAUGGGAAAUUGACUUCAUUGAAAUAUGAACAACUGCCACAUAUGCAUAAGUAAUAGGAGACAUCCUUAAUCAUUCUAUUGUUAGGUAAACAUGUGAUGUAUUAGUGAUUUUUUUUAACACAAAUUAGAUUGUGUUGAGGUUUAUCAAAGUCCUUCACAUUUAACGCUAUGUGAUUUUUCAGAAAGCUCUAUAAAUUAUAAAACAUAGUUACUCAUAUGUUGAAAUAUAGGAUUCUGUGACCAUAGAACAUGGUUGGAUCUGAUAUUCAAAUAGUCAAUCACGUGAAACGCAGAGUACCAUAUGCAGCAAGUGACAAUUGCCAUAAUCAUUAAACAUUCACGUUUUCAUACAAAACGAAAAACAUCAAGAUAGAAUUAUUGGCCAUAUAGCGAAAUGUCCGUGCAAAGAAUAUCUAUAUAUCUAGGUACCCUCUUCGUAUUACGGUUUGUUGAAUUUUAUAUUAUCCUCCUAACUUCCAGUCGAUUUCCAUAGUUUCAAUGAUAGAUUGCUGUUUUUGCUUAAUUUGGUUUGCAGAUAGUUUUAAGUAAAUAUUUCAUCCUGAAAUACAAGUCGGCCAAUAAGUUGGACGAACUGUUGAUAGUCAAAGUAGUGUCUUUCUACUUUAAAAUUUGUUGACAGCUGAUGUCAACACAUUGAUGACACUGGUGAAAUCAUUGACCUAUUAAUUUUCGAACCAAAUCGUAAUACGCAUAACGUGUACACGUACAAAUAUAUUUUCUUCCUAUCAAAUUUCUGUGAAACAAUUAUAUCUAUGUUUGUGAUGCUUUUAUAACCAGACAGUUCAAGGGAAUGUUUGUCGCGGGCAAAAACCCGAUUUUUUCUGUUGAAAAACGCAGACAUUAGCAUCUGACACAAACGUCUUGCCAUAUUACGUAAAGAACAUAAUUUUUUUAUUAUAGGUUGAUACUGGCUUAGCGUACAUCGAUAAAAUCGCAAAUAUAAACGUAUGUUUUCGUUAGAAAGUAUGAUAGGAUAGUGCUUGAUUCUGCAAUUUCUCAAAAUAACUUCACAUACCUUCUGGGCCGUACCUUCCGUUGCAUGAUAAGUUUGAUCCAUAAUAAUUAAAACCCUUGUAUCAGUUUAGAAGGCAUUUAACCACUGUACUAUAUAUGAAAUAUGUGGCAAUACCGAGAGAAACAAUUUUAUUUCAAUUUUAAACAAAGUUAUCAGUAUUUUAUACAUUAAAUCUAAAUUUAUUUUAUGUGAAAUCGUUAUUAUAAUUAUUAUUAUUAUUAUUAUUAUUUGGGAAGCGUAUUAUUUACAAGGAUGGAAAAAUUUUGUAUUUUUUUUUUUCUCUGCUAAUGCUUUAUAGUAAUAUUACGGUUGUUUUAUAUUUAUGCAAACAUUCUGUUGAAUUUUUUUUUAUUAUUAAUAUAAUUAUGUAAAUUCGGAUUCCAAUCAUGUAUCCCAACGAUUUGUAAUAUUCAUUGAGUAGAUUUUAUUAGGUACGAAAUCAGACUACCUAUCUUUAUUGUUUUCAAUUUGGUAUCCUAGCCUUUUGAAAGGACGAAAUAUGAAUAGAAAUAUUGCAAUCUCUUAUUUACUAGUUGUGAUAAUCUUAGCAGCUAUGAUUUUACUGUAUAAUGUUUUUUUUAGGCGUGCCAUUACAUUUUUUGGUUUUUGAUUUUAUACUUUGUACGUAGAUCAAAUCAUGCCAGAGUAAUUUCUUGCCAUAAUUGCAUUUAUAAUUUUCUUUAGUAAAGAUGGCAUGUAUUUUGCCAUAUGUUUUUCUAUGAUAUUUAUCUUUAAUUAUCAAAAAUUCAGUUUACGAGACUGUUAUAUUGUGCAGCGGCAAGCAACAACAAAUAUGAUUAUAGAUUAUAUGAAUAAAAGCUUACUCCGUAAACCCAAGCAUGCAGUAAGGAUUGCUGAAUACUAAAUUCUCUAUACAAUGAAUUUGUUAGUUUUUACGAAAUUAGAAAUUGCUAAAUGAUUAUUGGUAAUAAAUAAAAUGAUUAGCAAACUAAUUCACAUGAUAUCAUUUUCGUUAAAGUAUUCCAUCUUCAUUUAGUAUUCGGCAGUAUCCCAUGUAACUCUCUUGGUUAAAUAUAUAGCAAGUAACAGGAAGAUUCAGGUUUAUCAGACCUCAAGUAUAGGAAUAUACUAAACUAUACAGUAUGUACUAAACUACAUAUUGGCAUAUAUAUUUAUAUAUAUAUAUAUACAUACAUCUGCGUGUGUCUAUAUAUAUAUACAUAUAUAUAUAUGUAUAUAAAUAUGUGGUUUUUAUAUAAAUACACCAGGCGUGAAUGUGUGUGUAUGUAUGUAAGUAUAAGUAUACGUGUGCAUGACAAGAAAAAAGACAAGAACAAACUGAACUGUAUUAAAUACUCCACCGCCACGUACUUGUAAUCGUAAAGACAAAAAAAAAAAUAAUAAUAAUAAUGAAAAACAUAAAAGUACACUCUAGAAUAAAGUUAGCCAGUAAGUUUGUAUACAAAUAUUGAGAUAUAAGUUGAAGGAAAAAAAAAGAAAAAAUGAAUUAAACACGGUAGUUAGGGUCUUUAAGAAGAUACCCAGACUAUGCAAAAAUAAAAAUAGCUUUACGAUUUAUAAAGAAUUUUCCAAAGUAUGCUGCACGUUCGAAGUCUGUCAAACGGUAAAGUUUGCUAUAAUUGAAGAGGGCUUCUAAAAUCUAUAUAGCUACACGUAAAACUAUAUGGCGACUAACUACGCUCAGACUUUACACGUAUUGUUGCAUAAAUGUCAAUCAUUUUUUUUCCGAUUUCGUCAUUCAACUUCGUGAAAAAGUAUUAUUAGUCUCAUCAGUUUUUUUCAUUCUUCUGUGUAUGAGUAAAAUUUUCACAAGUGUCAGUUAUUAUUACCAAAAUCGUAUUGAAAUCAAACAAUAAGUGUGUAAGGAUGACUAGAUACGGCUAUUUAACACUGUAGUAAUUAAGUACUCAUUUAUGAAAGUGUUGUAAAGCCUUGAGCUGGCUUCCUGCUUGGUCGCCAUAAUGAAUUCAGCAUAUAUGAAGUAUUUUGUGUUGAAAAGUGUGGCUGAACAAUUUUGUAUAACGCGAUUGCUAACUUAAAAAAAGAUUUAAAAAAAAAACAUAAUAAAGAAAGAAAAGAGAAAAAAAUUAUCGAGGAAUGCUUCGAACCGAGAAAAAGAAAUAUUUUUAGUAAUAUGAAAGAAUAAAUUUAACGGUAAUGAAAAUGUAAUGACACUAAACCUGAGCGAAGGAAAUAUGUAAGUGUAACAUUAUGAUCGAUAUAUAUAUAUAUAUAUAUAUAUAUACACACACACACACACAUGUAUAUAUACAUAUACAUAUAUAUACAUAUAUAGCUUUGAGCUAAUAUUAUAUUUUAUCCACAAAAUAUAAUUAGUAUUCGUAACAAUUUGAGUAUAAGCAUAAUUAAAAGAAAACCCAAAUAUUAGUUAUUUUCUGAACAGAUUACAUGAGUUUUGCCGACGACAUAGAGUGAACGUAUAAUAAUUUCGUGCGCCUAAAAUGAAAUAUAAGAUAAUAAAUAUCAAAUUUUAUUUCAGAGAAAGCAGAUAAAGCAAUAUUUAAAAUAUGUAUAUGUACACGAUGUUCUUUCUAAAGCCUCAAUGCCUCGAUACACUUCUGAAUAUUAUUCUGAUUCAUGGAGAUUGGACACUGAUAGACGAAAUGAAAUUAAUGGUCUCAAAAAUGAGAAGUAACACUCUAUAUGUGAAUUUAUUCUCCUAUUCUUUGUAUUCGAAUUUUUUUGUUUCACUUUAUCUAACAUAUGACUAGCAAUGGAUAGAAUUCCGACAUUGUUUGACAUUUCUAAAACCCAUGGUUGUGAAUCAAUUUGUCUUAUUACCUCAAACCAGUGUACAGAAUAUCAUCUGAAACGUAGUGAAUCAAAAUUAUUAGAAACUUUUAAUACGUAUAUUAAAACCCUAACGUCUCUCAGUGCCAAUCUGUGAAACGAAAUUCAAAACUUUGUAACCAAAUGCAAAAUGAUAAACGAAAAUCAUAUU